AUGCCCCACGGCUCGUUUCCAUCCUCGAGUCGUGCGAAGAGCACGUUCCAAACUGUAGACCGCGAAACAAAAUUCAAGCAUCCGCCCAAAGACAGUCACACCGUCCCCAUCCUCAAUGAAUUCGUGACGCCAAUCCUCGAGUCCUUUAACGCUCUCUUCGACGACUCUGGCCUUCCUGCUGAUGUAGGGGACAAGCGGGGGCUCAUUAAUAUGGGGCUGGAGGACAUUGGCAAGCGGGUGGUGUUUGAUGGCAAGGGGACAGUGGGCACGGAAAGCGGGCAGAGUGGCUGGGGUAACCGGUUAGCUAUGUGGUACGACCAGGUCACACUUGCUCGCCCUAUGGUUCCCGAUCGAGACAAGGAUGCAGUGGAGAGACGAGUGUUUCCAGCUGAGGCCCGUGAACGUCUGACUUCGUACCGUGGACGUAUGACUGCCCGCAUAUGUUGGCAAGUCAACGAUGGUCCCGUAGAAACGGAGACUCGCGACUGUGGCCUUCUACCUAUCAUGGUCCGCUCUGUCCGCUGUAACCUCCGCGGGCUGUCGUCCGCCGAACUGGUCAAGCGACAUGAAGAACCCGAGGAAUUCGGUGGUUACUUCGUCAUUAAUGGCAACGAACGCCUCAUCCGCUACCUCAUUCUUCCCAGACGACAUCACGUCAUCUCCCUCAUUCGCCCAUCCUUCGUCAACCGCGGCCCUUCCUACACGCCUUACGCCGUUCAAAUCCGUGGCGUCCGGCCAGACCAGACAAGCGUAACAAACACCCUCCAUUAUCUCUCCAACGGCAGCGCCAUGCUGCGCUUCAGCUGGCGGAAGCAAGAAUAUGUGAUACCCAUUAUGCUCAUCCUGAAAGCACUCGUGUCCGCUUCGGACAAGGAGAUUUUCGAGGGCGUCAUGAUGCAGGAUUACGAGGAUACGUUUUUGUCGGACCGUGUAGAGCUGCUACUUCGCAGCUUCAAGACAUACAGCCUGUACACCGGCGAUCAAUGCCUUCAGUACCUUGGUGACAAGUUCCGUGUCGUCGUGAACAUGCCGGAUGACUGGACAAAUCAGGCGAUUGGGACAUGGCUCAUCAGUAAACUUGUGCUAGUUCACCUAUCCAAUCCUCGAGACAAGUUCCGCAUGCUCCUAUUCAUGCUGAGGAAAUUGUACGCCCUGGUCUCCAAGUCUUGCAGUGUGGACAACCCCGAUUCUCCUCAGCAUCAAGAAGUCCUCCUCCCUGGCACCCUCUACGCUAUGAUCAUCAAAGAGCGUCUGGAGGAAGCCUUGAACGGCUUCCGGGAAGGCGUCGCCGCCGACGUACGGAAUUCGAACCCGUCUGUAGACUUCUUUGAUAAGCGGUAUGUCCGGAAAGUCCUGGCGAAAACAAAUUACGAGAUAGGCACGAAGAUGGCAAACUUCCUCGCCACGGGUAACCUGGUGUCACCAACAGGCUUGGAUCUCCAACAGGCUUCCGGCUUCACGAUUGUAGCCGAGAAGCUGAACUGGAUGCGUUACAUCAGCCAUUUCCGUUCUAUCCACAGAGGUGCCUUCUUCGCCGAGCUGAAGACUACGACCGUCCGAAAGCUUCUCCCUGAGGCAUGGGGUUUCCUCUGCCCAGUGCAUACACCCGAUGGAUCGCCUUGCGGUCUCCUCAACCACCUAUCCCGAACCUGCCGUAUUGUCACACAAGCUCUCCCUUCUGCACAUAUACCCGCCCUCCUCACCAAACACGGCAUGACACAAGCCUUCACCCCCUCGGUCGACGGUCGAAGGAACCUCUGCGUCCAGCUUGACGGCCGGCUCAUCGGCUGGGCUCCCCCAGCGGUGUGCAAGCAACUCGCCAUGAACCUCCGGAUAUGGAAGACCGAAGGACUCCACGACGUCCCGCUCGACCUCGAGAUCGGCUACGUGCCGAUCUCGAAGGGCGGUCAAUAUCCGGGUCUGUACCUGUUCGCCGGACGGGCGCGGAUGAUGCGACCAGUGAAGUACCUUGCCAACGGGAGGGAAGACCAAGUUGGCUCGUUCGAGCAGGUGUACAUGGACAUUGCCUGUACUCCGGCUGAGAUCGAAGACGGCGUGUCCACGCACGUCGAGCACUCGCCCACCAACUUCUUAUCUAUCCUUGCAAACUUGACGCCGUUCUCGGACUUCAACCAGAGCCCAAGAAACAUCUACCAAUGCCAGAUGGGCAAGCAAACAAUGGGAACGCCGUCCACGGCCCUGCAGCACCGAACGGACAACAAGCUCUACCGCCUCCAGACCGGACAAUCUCCCAUCGUGCGCCCGGCGUUGCACAACACGUACGGCAUGGACUCCUUCCCGAACGGCACGAACGCGAUCGUGGCCGUCAUCUCCUACACGGGUUACGACAUGGAGGACGCGAUGAUCCUCAACAAGUCCGCGCACGAGCGCGGUUUCGGCUACGGCACCAUCUACAAGUCCUACAUCGUCGACCUCCAGGAGCUCUCCGGCUCCCGCCGCGCGACCUCCGCCCCCACCCUGCACUUCGGUGUCGGCCCAGAGAUCCGCAUGGGGGACGGCGAGCGCCAGCACCCGGCCGCGAAGCUCAUCGACGCGGACGGGCUGCCCGCGGUCGGCGUCCGGCUCAACCCCGGGGACCCGAUCGCGGCGUACGUCGACGACACGACGGGGCGGACCAGGUUCGCGAAGUACAAGGGCGACGAGGUCGCGUACGUGCAGACCGUGCGCCUCAUCGGCAGCGACGCGGGCGACCAGGAGCUGCAGAAGAUCCAGGUCACGCUGCGGAUCACGCGCGCCCCCGUCAUCGGCGACAAGUUCUCCUCGCGGCACGGGCAGAAGGGCGUGUGCUCGCAGAAGUGGCCCGCGGUGGACAUGCCGUUCACGGAGAGCGGGAUGCAGCCAGACGUGAUCAUCAACCCGCACGCGUUCCCGUCGCGGAUGACGAUCGGGAUGCUCGUCGAGAGCAUGGCGGGCAAGGCGGGCGCGAUGCACGGGCUCGCCCAGGACGCGACGCCGUUCCAAUUCACAGAGGAAGACACCGCGAUCGAGUACUUCGGUGACCAGCUCCUUGCGGCCGGCUACAACUACUACGGCAACGAACCGAUGUACUCGGGCAUCACUGGGCAGGAGUUCGCCGCAGAUAUUUACAUCGGCGUGGUCUACUACCAACGCCUCCGACACAUGGUCCUCGACAAGUUCCAAGUGCGGACGACAGGCCCCAUCGACCCCGUCACGCGGCAGCCCGUCAAGGGCCGCAAACGCGCAGGUGGCAUCCGGUUUGGCGAGAUGGAGCGGGACGCGCUCAUCGCGCACGGCACCGCCUUCCUCCUACAAGACCGUCUCAUGAACUGCUCCGACUACUCGACCGCCUGGGUCUGCCGCACCUGCGGCUCCCUCGUCUCCCUCGGCUACGACGACGUCUCCCUGGGCGCGGCGGCGCUCCCGAGCGGCCCCGGGGGCGAGUACUGUCGCGUCUGUCGCGCGGCGGCGGAGGAGGUCGACGUCCGCGAGCGCGCCGCCCUCGCGAACGGCGGCGCGCACGCGGCGGGGGCGGGGGCGGGAGCUGACGUGCGCGUGUCGAUCCCGCCCGGGCACGUGCUCAACGCGGGCGCGCGCGGCGGGGACAUGGACGUGAUCGCGGUCCCGUACGUGUUCCGCUACCUGUGCGCGGAGCUCGCGUCGAUGGGCAUCAAGAUCUCGCUCGAGGUCCGCUGA